AUGUACUCCAUUCCUCAUCUUGUGUUCAUCACUGUUCUCAUAGUAAUUGCUAACUCUGUUGGCUUAUUCGGAAAUCUCAAUGUGAUCAUAGCAACGAUUCGUGACACUUCGCUGCGGACAAAAGCGGGUUCGUCUGCUUGGUGUCCGAACUCGGAAAUCUUCGCGUUUACUGGAAGUCGAAACAAUCAUUUUUUCAGCAGAAUGGCAGUUGAUCAAGCAGUAUGUUUUCGUAUGAUCGCUGUCUACUUGUUCUCGUUCAUAGCGCAAUCGGUCAUGUAUUUCAUGUUAUCACUAGAUAUGCUCAUCGCGGUCGUAGCUCCCCUCAAGCACAAGAUGUGGCCGACAAAACCAUACAUCAUUUUGAUGUGUCUACCGCCAGCUAUUGUAGCUACUUUGACUUUCGCUGCCUCGUAUUUCCGUGGAAGCAACCCCAAGGUCACUUGUAGACCGCCAACUGCUGUGGUUCACCAUGUCGUCGUAGCCUAUACGGUUAUUGUGAUGGCCAUCAACACAGCAGCAAUAGCUAUGAUCCUCAGUCUAGCUUAUUUUGUUAACAAAAAAGGGAAGGAGAUGAGAAGUUCCCGACAUCAGGGAAGUCGCAACGAAGAUAGUGAUAGCAUAUCGGUGUCAAACCGUAAUAGGAUGAUCCGUGUGCUGACUAUAGUUGUUGGCGUUUUUGUUUGCACGUCUUACCUCUGUGUCGUCAGUGUUCAUAUUGCUGUACAGAUGGAGCUAGAGGAGGACUAUCACGACUAUAUCAUGACUUUUAAUAUGGUGCUUGCACUGCUGACAUAUAUCCAGAAUUACUAUGUGCUAUGGUUCCGCUCUCCACGAUAUCGCCGCGCCUUCUUUCAACAACUUAACUGGUUGCGACGCUGUUUUUGUUUUCACCUUGGAGAACCUACAACUUCGAGCAAUCCUACCAACAGUCGAACUGCAAACGCUGCUAAAAACAGUACAACGACGUGUUAG